GAGGAUUGGGAGGAACCCGACCUACUCCGCUAACCCAGUGGCCUGAGCCAAUCGCAAAGAGGAUUGGAGUUUCCCCGGGAGCCCCCCUUCCCAUGCCCUCAGUCUGACAGCCUCCUGGAAAGAGGGGCACUGGUGAGAGUGUGUUUACAAUUCAAAUCAUUGGCUUUUUGCCCGCCCUCCUUCCAAAUAAGAGGGCAGAAGCUGCUGCUGAGGUGCAAAGGGUCUUCUGAACUGCAGUGGCGCUGAGACCAGAAGAUCCUCACUUCUGACUCUAACGAGGGGGAAAGGCAAGGAUGGUGGAGGCUUUCUGUGCUACCUGGAAGCUGACGGACAGCCAGAACUUUGAUGAGUACAUGAAGGCUCUAGGUGUGGGCUUUGCCACCAGGCAGGUGGGAAAUGUGACCAAGCCAACGGUGAUUAUCAGUCAGGAAGGAGACAAAGUGGUGAUCAGGACUCAAAGCACGUUCAAGAACACAGAGAUUAGUUUCCAUCUGGGAGAAGAGUUUGAUGAAACCACUGCAGAUGACAGAAACUGUAAGUCUGUUGUUAGCCUGGAUGGAGACAAACUCAUUCAUGUACAGAAAUGGGAUGGCAAAGAAACAAAUUUUGUAAGAGAAAUUAAAGAUGGCAAAAUGGUUAUGACUCUUACUUUUGGUGAUGUGGUUGCUGUUCGCCACUAUGAGAAGGCAUAGAAAAGUUCCUGGUCUGGGGCUGGAGAAGCUCUUCAAUUUUUUCUGUUUACUAAAGUCUCAGUGCUAUCCUGCUAUUACAGCACAGCUGAUCACUAAUUAGAAGGUUAUCCUUGGUGUGGAGGUGGAAAUGGUGAUUUAAAAACUUGUUACUUCAACUAACUAGCCCAAUUUUAAUCUCCAAAUUUAUCAUGUUUUAUAAUUCACGUUAAAAAUUUAUCAAUUUUUUAUAAAGAAUGUACAUUUUAUAAUUUCCUUUGGAAUGCAAGUCAAAUUGGAAUAAAAAUUUUACAUGUGAAA